UGCCCGGGCUCGGCCGCGCUCCGCCCGGCAGCGGGGACUGCUGGGGGGAGCUGAAGGCUGAGCCCUCGCCUCUUUUUAUUUUUUCCUUUCUGCAUCCACGCGCACACGUAUGCCGAGGCGAGGCGAGGUGCCUCCCGCAGGACGCGGCGUGCAGCCCGGCCGCUGACCGAGAGCGGCGGCCGCAGGAGGAGAGAGCAGCCCCGUCAGCAGCCUCGGGCACAGCCGCCCCGAACUUUCAGCCCGCGCCCCGGCAGAGCCUCGCUCGUCAUCGAUGGUGGAGGCGAUUGUGGAGUUCGACUACAAAGCUCAACAUGAUGAUGAGCUGACAAUCACUGUAGGUGACAUAAUCACCAAUAUCAAGAAGGAUGAUGGAGGCUGGUGGGAAGGACAGCUCAAAGGCAGAAGAGGUUUGUUCCCUGACAACUUUGUAAGAGAAAUAAAGAAGGACAUGAAGAAAGAAAAUACUGCCAACAAACCACCAGAGAAGCCUAUAAAUGAAAUUUGCAAUGGAAGCUCUUUACUGUUGUCUGAGACAAUUAUUAGAACCAACAGAAAAGGAGAGAGGAACAGACGAAGAAGAUGUCAGGUGGCUUUCAGUUAUCUGCCUCAAAAUGAGGAUGAACUGGAAUUAAAAGUCGGUGACAUUAUUGAAGUUGUGGGAGAGGUAGAAGAGGGCUGGUGGGAAGGUAUCCUUAAUGGAAAGACGGGCAUGUUUCCUUCCAACUUCAUAAAGGAACUGUCUGAUUCUGAUGAUGCUGGAAUAGCACAGGAAGAGCAAGUAAAGCCAAGUCUGAAAGAUACUACAGGCUCUGAGAGUGAUGGUGGUGACUCUGGCAGCACAAAAUCAGAAGGAGCCAAUGGAGGCACAACAAUCCAACCCAAAAAGGUCAAGGGUGUUGGCUUUGGAGAUAUCUUCAAAGAUAAACCUAUAAAGCUACGGCCAAGGUCAAUAGAAGUUGAAAACGACUAUCUCCCAGUAGAUAAGAGUGUUGGGAAGAAAGUACCUCCAGCCACAGCAACUCAGGAGCCAACAAAAACAGAAGCGGACAGCAGAACAAAAACCAAGGAGUAUUGCAAAGUGAUAUUUCCAUACGAAGCACAGAAUGAUGAUGAACUCACAAUCCGAGAAGGUGAUGUCGUCACACUUAUCAGUAAGGACUGUAUUGAUGUGGGUUGGUGGGAAGGAGAACUGAAUGGCAAACGGGGAGUGUUUCCAGAUAACUUUGUCAAGCUUCUUCCUUCCGAUUUUGAAAAAGAGAGACCGAAGAAACCACCACCUCCAUCAGCUCCUGUCGUCAAACAAGGAUUAGGUACCACAGAUCGAAAACAAGAAGUGAAAAAGGUGCCUCCUGAAAGACCAGAAUGUCUUCCUAAUCGAACAGAAGAAAAAGAAAGAUCAGAGAGAGAGCAAAAACAGUUAGACUUGCAGAAGCCUUCAGUUCCUGCUAUACCUCCGAAGAAACCACGGCCACCCAAAGCAAACCCUGUGAACAGACCUGGUACCUUGCCUCCAAGAAGGCCGGAAAGACCAGUUGUGCCUGCGACUCAUGCAAGGAGUGAUAGUCCAAAAGUGGAAUUAGUGGGGAGUUUGGUGUCCAGUGCACUGGAGAAAGACUCCUCUGAAAGAAGCAAUGACAUCGACUUGGAAGGUUUUGACUCUGUAGUACCAAUUGCUGAGAAGCUUAAUCAUCCAACUACAACCAGACCAAAAGCUACUGGCAGGCGACCACCCUCCCAGUCUUUCACAUCUUCGUCCCUUUCAAGCCCAGAUUUCUUUGACUCACCAAGUCCUGAGGAAGAGAAGGAAGAGCAUGUUUCCAUUACACACAAAACUAUUGAAGCGUCGAAGAAAUCAAGAACUGUUACAAUAUCACAGGUAUUUGAUAAUAAAACUCCAUUGCCUCCGAAGCCAGGAGGUUUGGCUAGUGGCAGUAAUGUACAACCAUCUCUAUCCCCUUCACCAUCACCUGGAUUUCAUUCAAUUGCUAUGGGAACAACAGGCCACAGGUCAAAUUCCCCAUCCCUACUUGGUGCAGAAGGAAAGCCAAAGACUGAACACUUGAGCCAGGGUCAGACUGCCCUGGAGGAGCUGAGAACACAAGUUAAGGAGCUAAGAACUAUCAUUGAAACGAUGAAAGACCAGCAAAAAAAAGAGAUUAAGCAGUUGCUGUCUGAAUUGGAUGAAGAAAAAAAGAUCCGUCUACGAUUGCAGAUGGAAGUUAAUGACAUAAAGAAAGCUCUUCAAUCAAAGUGAAUACUUGAUAGAUGGAAUGUUGCAUUAUUCUACAUGACUGAGACUCAAAUUUAUGCCCCAGCCAAAAUAACUUUGUGCCAAAUGAUUUAAGAAUUGCCUCAACAUCCCUUUCUCAAAGGAUUAGCACAACCAUUUUUGAUAGCACAACAGAAAUACCAACAGUGAGGAAAAAUCUUCCACACAAAGCGGUGCAGUGUGGCACUGGUUGUGACUGAAAUCGAUCUUCUUGUGCUAAAGGCUCUCUACUUCAAGAUCAUAGGUGAAAUGAAAACUCAGGCAGUUUAGUCCAUAGUGGUACUAUUUUGAUGAUAUUUUUCCAUAAAUAAAGUGUAUUUCAGAUUAUCUGUUUACAAGCUUUAUGAUUUUGAUUAUUUUUUGUUUUUGUUUUUGUUUUUUAAUUGUCUUUUGUCACAGAUUUUAAAAUGUUUGUACUGCAUAUAGCCAGGAAUGAAUGUUAACGCUGGGGCUGGAGGGAUUAUUUUUGCUUCGAGAUAGAACAGCCUACUUCUUGUUACAGUUUUAAGUUGUUAAAUAUGCAAUUUCAUGUCCCCCAACCCCCUACAAUGAAACUUAACGUUGUGUACAGUAAUGUAUUUAGGAGAAGAAAACCAUCAGAAUAAGAUUCCGGUCUUUGCAAUGAUUUGUGCCUUUCUUUGCCACACACCAACGGGAGCUGGUUGCAGGUCAGGUCUCCAUCACGUAGCUACCCCCAUCUCCCGUCACCGGUGUCCGGUAGAGGUCACACUCGCCGUGUACAGCUAGCUGCUCCACACAACCAGGUCCCUGCCAAGCGGUGGGACAGUGGCACAGUUGAGAGCAUCUCUGUCUUCAUCAGCUGUGGCUUUUUAGCUUUCCCGUUUUCAGUAGCCUCUCCUUUGGUUUUGAAUGUUUAUCUCCGCUUGGUUUUCAGUAGAUGAUUUCAGCGCCAGCCUCCGUCCCCAAUUUUGCACAGAGUGAACAGAAUAUGCAUUAUUAAAGCAAAAAUAAAGAAAAGUAAACUAUAAAACGUGAAUAAAAAGUUGUAUUAUUUCCUGCACAAGGUU